AUGGUUCAAAAGCUCUGUUUAGUCACCGUGGGUGCUACAGCUCCGUUCGAGAAGCUCAUCCAAGCGGUCCUCCAUGAGUCGUUCAUUGCGGAGCUGGAGAAACACGACUUCACCCGUCUCUUGAUCCAGUAUGGCAAAGGUGGCCAGCCCAUCUUUGAUGCCUAUCGUGCUGAGUAUGAGAAUGGCAAAAUUGUCCAUGAUAUUCAAAUUGGUGGUUUCGACCUUCGCCCCAACAUGACCUCAUGUCUGUGCAUGGUCCGAGAGGACCCGUCCAUCGGCCAGGAGCUUGGAAUGAUGAUCAGCCAUGCCGGUACUGGCUCAAUCUUGGACGCCCUUCGUGCGGGCUUGCCACUCGUCAUUGUUCCAAACCCUGAUCUCGCCAACAACCACCAACAGGAACUUGCCGAAUUUCUGGCCGAGGCGGGAUAUGCAAUCGUUGGAAAACUCGAUGAUAUCCCUAGUGUUGUUGGCCAAGCAGCACAGCGGGGUGACCAGGCGCCCUUGUUCCGCCGAGACAAUGGGGAUCGCUCGAUCAUGACCAUGUCAGAUGAACUGUCAUGGGUGGACUGA